AAUUCCUAGUCGUUUCUUCAUUCUUCUUUGAAUUUUUUUUUCGUCCCUCCCUCCUCUUUAAAGAUGUGGUAUCCCAAACGUAAAAUCCAAAUAUUUUAUACCCAAAAGUCUUGAUUUCUCUUCAUCUACUUUCUCAUCAAGGCCCUUCAGUCUUAAACCAAAAGAUGGCUUCUUUAAAGUUUUCUUGCUCUUCAACCAACAUUCCUGAAUCUCAGAGAUUUAAAAAUUCCAGACGGUUUGAUAAGCAGCAUUGUGGUGAUCUGUAUUCUCAGAAUAGCUGCGCAAUACAGUCCUUUAAUCUGCCGCGUGCUAAAGUGGGCCUUACUAACAAGGCCAAUGGAAGAGUUAAAUCUGUUCUGUUAUUUGGGGAAGGUGGCCUUCUCCCCAAUUCAAGUGGCAAAAACUUCGCAUGUAAUGCUCUUAUCAGUGAUGUGUCUGGCGGAGUUGAACUACAGCCUGAUUCUGUAGAUUUUGGAGUGCUUGCAGCAGAUAUGGCUUCAACAACUAGUGGUUUUGCUGUUGAAGAUGAUGAAUUUGACCUGGACCAGCCGUCAGAAGGUUUCUCCUCUAUUACAGAGGCCAUUGAAGACAUUCGUCAAGGAAAGAUGGUUGUAGUCGUGGAUGAUGAAGAUAGAGAAAAUGAAGGAGAUAUAAUAAUGGCUGCAUCUAAAGUUACUUCCGAGGCUAUGGCAUUCUUUGUGAAGCAUGGAACUGGGAUUGUUUGUGUGAGCAUGAAAGAGGAAGACUUGGAAAGAUUGCAGCUUCCUCUCAUGGUAUCCCAUAAAGAAAAUGAGGAGAAACUCUGUACUGCAUUUACCGUUUCAGUAGAUGCAAAACAUGAUACAACCACAGGAGUAUCAGCACGUGAUAGAGCGACAACAGUAUUGGCUCUUGCAUCAAAGGAUUCAAAGCCUGAGGAUUUCAAUCGCCCUGGCCACAUAUUUCCUUUAAAGUACAGAGAAGGCGGUGUUUUAAAAAGAGCCGGACACACAGAAGCUUCUGUGGACCUUGCCAUGCUAGCUGGAUUGGACCCUGUUGGAGUUCUUUGUGAGGUUGUUGAUGAUGAUGGUUCAAUGGCUAGAUUACCUAAGCUUCGGCAGUUUGUACAGCAAGAAAACCUCAAGAUUAUAUCUAUUGCUGACUUAGUCAGAUAUAGGAGGAAAAGAGAUAAAUUAGUGGAACACGCAUCUUCUGCUCAGAUACCUACUAUGUGGGGCCCAUUCAAUGCCUAUUGUUACAGGUCAAUUUUAGAUGGAAUUGAGCAUAUUGCCAUGGUUAAGGGCGAUAUUGGUGAUGGACUUGAUGUUCUAGUCAGAGUGCACUCUGAAUGUCUUACAGGGGAUAUAUUUGGAUCAGCUAGGUGCGACUGUGGGAGCCAGCUGGCACUUGCCAUGCAGCAGAUUGAGGCUGCUGGCAGAGGCGUCUUGGUUUACCUCCGGGGGCAUGAGGGAAGGGGAAUUGGUUUGGGCCACAAGCUUCGUGCAUACAACCUGCAAGAUGCUGGGCGUGACACAGUUGAGGCAAAUGAGGAGCUUGGUUUGCCUGUUGAUUCAAGAGAGUAUGGGAUUGGUGCACAGAUAUUAAGAGAUCUUGGGGUUACAACUAUGAAGCUGAUGACGAACAAUCCUGCAAAGUACAGCGGGCUAAAGGGUUAUGGUUUAGCUGUUGCGGGACGGGUUCCCCUUCUGACUCCCAUCACGAAGGAGAACAAAAGAUAUUUAGAGACAAAACGUGCCAAAAUGGGCCACGUUUAUGGCUUUGGAUCCAAUGGCCUCCCGACCCUAAUCAACGGUAAGAACGAGAAACCUGGCGCAGAAAGUUCUUCUGCAUCUGAGUCGUAAAACCAUUUGCCUGUUUUCAACACGCUCUGCAUACAUGUUGAUGGACUUAGAGCAAGAUGCGAUGCUACUGGUAUUCUUAUUCAAAUAAAGAUUUUGAUGGGAACUGAAUAAAGGACUAUAUUCUAUUGAUUCGUUUGGCUCAUCCCAAAUUCGUAUAUGAUUCUUCUGCUGAUCAUUCAUUGUACCAUUUUUAUAAUUCUUCUUUGAAGUGUAUAAGGAGGCAUUAGUUAUAAUGGAUUCUAGUUAGUUAUAAUGUGUUCUUUUCAAUAAUGUACGCUAUUCCUUUUGGAAAACAUGUACAAAAUGUCAAUUUACAUUAAAAUGAACAAAUAUUUCAUAUA